GCAGUUUCGGGAUGGAGUGUGGCAAAAGGGGGGUGACUUUAGCCUUUCAGUCCUAUCUUGUCCCUUUCUUUUGUCUUUCUCCUUUUGCUUGCAUCUUAAAAAAUUCUUUUACAUUUGGGAAAAAAAUACCGUAUCUUGUUUUCUUCUUCUCUCUUUCUUAUCUUUCCUCGCUGCUUGUUCUACAUACAUGAAAGCCUAUAUAUGCGUCGAUUAUCUAUCACAUGAUUGGGAUUUAGAUGAUCUUAUAUUUGCCCAUUCUCAAACUCGACAACAACUUUCUCAAACCGCCGUUCUGUUGUCGGCACCCGAAUCAUUUGAGAAUCCUCGAGAACAACAACGUCUUGUUGGUGAGCGAAGUCGGUUAAGACGAUUUGAAAAUACCCUGUGGCGCCAGAUAAGUUUGCGCUGCACAUCUGGACUCGGUUCAUCCAACUCAAAGAUCAACCCUGUGUCUAUCAACUGGCAACGUGAUAAUGAUAUUACAUGGCUUUAUGGGCCAUUAUACCGAAAAGAUGAUGACGAUGAUAACUUUGAAAUGCGCCAUGCUGCCGCCGAUGGUUUGUUGACACCAUCAACACAAUCUUCCGCCACUGGAUAUUCGUCCCCCUCCGUUUCAUGUCUUUCUCCCGCCACUUCAACAAGCUCAUCGUUUGAUACCCUGGAUGAAGUAGCAUCCAAAUUGAAACCAGUGCUGAAACGAACCACGACUCCCGGGCUCUUGAUAGACUGGUCUUUGCGCCAUCCAAAUGGCAACACCGCCACAAAAGAUCUUCAGGAACCUGUUCGGCAUCAGUCAUGGCCUAGGGAGGUGGUGCAUUUCAACCCAGAUGUGAUUGAAGUUCAAUUUCUACCGGAAUCACCUAUCAUUCAAGCGUUUCCUGAUGACGUACUUUGGGACAGUGACGAUGAAGAUGCCGAAAUACACAAACAAUUGAUUUCUCCAAGUCAGUCUGUUGUGAUGUCUUACUGGGUUGAAUUUUGGCGAUCAGAUAAAGAAGAUGCAGCUUUCGAUUUGGCGCCUAACCGGGGUGGACCUGUCGAUCAGCCCCCCGAAUCAUUAACGGAGCUGGCUCUCCUACUUGUACAAAUGGUACAAAGCCUUAUCGCUCUUUGUGCUUCCUGGUUGCUGUAUCAAAGCAUUUCCGCUGGAAUCGCUCCCAUUGCAUGGGUCACCAAAAUGAAAAUGCAACGCCAUUCAGGAGCUAAAAUGCAAAGCCGUCCACGGUCUCUUACCAACCUUUGAUGUCACCCAUUUCCUCGACAAUAUACAUAGUUCUCUAUAAUCCUUUUUUCGGCGUUGGUCGCUGAUAGCCGAAAAAAAAAUCCUUGCACAUAGUCAUACAAAAAACCUUUAUACAUAUACAUUGGUUGGUUACCAGGUUGUUUUUCAUUGUUUCCGUUUCUGUUUGUUUCUUUUUUGGUGGGGAAACAAGUAUUUCUCAUUUAAAAGAAGGCUACAAUAAUAAAAGGUGAGAGGUAGUGUGGAUAAAAUUUG